AUGCCGCCCUCAACACCUUCACGAAGUCUAUGUAUAGUGCGAGGUUCAAUCAAUGUCGAUGAAUUCUUCCACGUCCAUGAUAUAGUCAAAGCUGGGGAGACCAUAUCUUCUACGGACUAUGAGCGAAAGCCCGGCGGAAAGGGCGCCAACCAAGCUGUGGCGGUUGCAAGAGCAGGCGGCGCCGUGGAGUUCGUGGGCGGGAUUGGGGACGACGGUGCAUGGCUGGUCGGCUGCCUAGCAGAUGUUGGGGUGGGUGUAAGCGGAAUCACCCGGUUCAACGACGUUCCGACAGGUCGAGCGAUCAUUCAGUUAGACAAGAAUGGAGAGAACUGUAUAAUUCUGCAUCGAGGGGCGAAUUACGGACCCGUGCCCCCAAUACCGUCGGCAUGCCUUCAGAGCGCAACGCAUCUCCUACUGCAGAACGAAAUACCCUACGAAACCACCCUCUUCAGCAUUCUCCUUGCGAACUCUCUAGGUAUCUCAACCAUAUUCAAUCCCUCACCGAUACCCUCGGCAGAACAACUACGUUCCUUCCCGUGGGAUAAACUCACAUGGCUCGUCAUGAACGAACACGAGAUGUAUGCUCUGUAUCAUGCCCUUGACGCGGAGAACGUGGAUCUCGGAUCCGGGGAAGUGUCUUGGCCCCCGGACUAUCAAGGAGGAAGGAAGCCGCCUCCGAGGCUUUUGGUUUGUGCAUUCAUCGUCCGAAUCCUGAACACGAAGCAUUUCUCCCCAAAUGUGCACAUAGUCUGCACUGUUGGCUCCGAAGGCGUUGUCUGUUACAUGCGAAACCUGGGUGGGCCUGUCUUUCUGCCUGCGUCCGAGCUUAAGGGAGAUAUUCGUGACACCACCGGCGCUGGCGACUGCUUCACCGGGUAUUUCGUUGCGGAGCUCAUGAAGUUAUACGAAGAAACCGGACAUCACAUCCCGCAGACGACAACUCAAAUCACGGACUUGCUGAUAAGGUGCAACCAAGCGGCAGGGAUGUGUGUAGAACGGCGUGGCGCAAUGGAAGCAAUCCCGUCUGACAAGGAGGUUGAGGAGCGACUCGCUACAAGAUCUUGAUCCGCAUAGGGUGUCCAUAGUAUCAUUCAAUUCCGUGACCUCCGUGAUUCGGUGUAAU